AUGCAUGCACUUAUCCAUCUCUCUACUAUCUCUUCUCAGAAUGCACCAGUUCAUUUGGAGUCGUAUGGCAAUGGAGGUUACGGACCAGCUACUGGUGGGGCCAUGAUGAUGGACGACGAAUACAAAAAAUCUUUGGGAGGACAGCCAUCUGUCUAUUUUUCGGGAAUGCCGGAUUGUUGUUCCAAUCGACGAGUCUUGCAAGACGAAGGACCAGGUGCGAAAUAUUAUCGAGACAAUUUCAAUGACAUGUCGUGGUCCUGUAGUUUGGGGACAGGCGAUGAGCAUGGGAUUUGGAUGAAUCGAUCCGAUCCCGCGGGGACCAUCAUGGCCAUGAUGGUGUGGGUAUUAAUGGCCUAUUCCAUGGUGACCAUUACAUUACUAGCGCAAACGGGUGGGAUUCCAGUCUAUCUGUCAUAUUCCUACAGCAUUUUGUGUUGCAUGGCAUUGGCGUGCCAUGCCAAGACGAGUAUUACCGAUCCAGGAAGUGUACCACCAUCGGCAGUACCAACCGAGGCCCAACGAAGAGCUGAUAAGUUGGCCAUGUGCUCGCAAUGUCAAACCUUCAAGCCACCACUCUCACAUCAUUGCAGGAUUUGCAAUCGAUGCAUUAGCAAAAUGGACCACCAUUGUCCAUGGAUGAACAAUUGCGUCGGAGCUGGCAAUAUGAAACACUUUUUCCUGUUUUUGAUUUACACUUGGUCGUGUUCGGUAUAUUCGUUGACUUUGCUGGGAUUCAACUAUUUCUUUUGUGCGGCAGAGGAUUGUGUUUUCAAUGUGGUGUUGAUUCAAUUGGUCCGCAUCAUGACGAUGCUCAGUAUCGGAGCCUUUUUAUUUACCUCCAGUAUGGUCAUGAAUGUCGUCUAUGGGCUCAUGACGGGAAUUGGGACCAUUGAUCGUCUAAAGAAAAAGGCCACCAAUACUAUGAGUGAUGCUUUGGAGGAACCUGUGCCAUUGACGUCGGUGUUUGGGAUUGGACCACUCUAUACGUGGCUCUUUCCAACGGAUCCUGUCUUUGAUGAUUAUGAUGAAAUUAUGGGAUACAGUACUCCACAACGGUUGCUACGAGAACAAAUAUUGAAAGAUCCAAAGAGUGGUGGUAGUGGAAACAUGAAUGGAAAUGGGGUUCCUAACAUGAUACAGCAACAAGUAUAG